AUGUCUGCGCCUAGAUUCGAGACCCUUCAAUUGCACGCUGGCCAGGAACCUGACCCCACGACCAAUGCCAGAGCAGUUCCAAUCUAUGCCACAACUUCCUUUGUCUUCAAUGAUUCGGCUCAUGCCGCCAGGCUGUUCGGCCUCAAAGAGUUCGGCAAUAUCUACAGCCGUAUCAUGAACCCAACUGUCGAUGUCUUUGAAAAGCGUAUUGCGGCUCUCGAAGGGGGUGUUGCAGCCGUCGCAGCUUCAUCCGGACAGGCAGCCCAAUUCAUGGCCAUUGCCGCUCUAGCUCACCAGGGAGACAAUAUCGUUUCGACUACCAAUCUCUACGGUGGCACUUACAAUCAGUUCAAGGUUAUGUUCCCCCGCUUGGGCAUCCAGACCAAAUUCGUGCAGGGCGACAAGCCAGCCGAUAUUGAAGCCGCGAUUGAUGAUCGUACAAAGGCGGUUUAUAUUGAGACUAUCGGUAAUCCGCGCUACAAUGUUCCGGACCUCGAAGCUAUUGCCAAGGUUGCCCACGAGAAGGGUGUACCUUUGAUUGUUGACAACACUUUUGGCGCCGGCGGUUAUUUCUGCCAGCCCAUCAAGCACGGUGCGGACAUCGUCGUUCACAGUGCCACCAAGUGGAUUGGUGGCCACGGAACCACCAUUGCGGGCGUGAUCGUCGAUAGCGGCAAGUUCGACUGGGGCAAGCACGGAAAGAGAUUUCCCCAAUUCGUCGAGCCGGCCGAAGGGUACCAUGGCUUGAAGUUCUGGGAUACUUUUGGCCCCAUCACCUUUGCUAUUCGCGUGCGUGUCGAGAUUCUGAGAGAUCUGGGCGCUGCAUUGAACCCCUUCGGUGCUCAACAGAUUAUUCUUGGUCUGGAAACAUUGAGCUUGAGAGCUGAACGUCACGCUAGCAAUGCGCUCACCCUGGCUCACUGGCUAGAAAAGAACGAGAACGUUGCUUGGGUCUCAUACCCUGGCUUGAAGAGCCAUCCAAGCCAUGAAACCGCCAAGCAAUACCUUAAGCGUGGUUUCGGUGGUAUGUUAUCAUUCGGAGUCAAAGGUGGUGCAGCUGCAGGUAGUCAGGUUGUCGAUAAUUUCAAGUUGAUCUCCAACCUUGCCAAUGUCGGCGACUCCAAGACUCUUGCGGUUCACCCAUGGUCAACAACCCACGAACAGCUGAGUGAUGAUGAAAAACUAGCCUCUGGCGUGACGGAGGACGCGAUACGUCUCUCAGUCGGUACUGAACAUAUUGACGACAUUAUCGCCGAUUUUGAACAGUCAUUCGCCGUUAGCAGCGCCGCCGGUCCAGAUAAGAAAGCUCUCCCAGAUCGUACCACUGUCGAUCAGGGGGUCGUGGCUGAUCGUGAGCCAGGUUUGGAGAAUUCUGUUUAA